AUUAUAUCCAUACAUUUCUUUUUACCAUCUCCAACGCGGCGCUGCUGAGUGGGGAUCGCACCAACCAGUGCGUCUGGGAUGGCGAAGCACCCAGGAGAGGAUUAGUAGGCUAAUUAAGCACGAUUUGCGUAAAAGUCAGCUGUCAGGUUUUGGAAGGGGGGUUGAUCAUUUGGCAGUUUUGCUCCCACUCGUUUUGAUAUACAUUUUUGUGUUGGUUGUAGUAGUAGCCUAUUUCUUUUUUCAUUUCUAUCUAGCAUCCGUUUUAUUUCAAGUCAAAUCACAUCUGCGUAGAAGAGCGCUUUGCGCACUUCUUCUCCAAAGGACAGAGACAAGAUCUUCAUUAUUCUGUUUGGAUUUAAACCGGACAAUUGGCUGAAUGGGUGACCUCGCUGAAACACAGACUAUCACUGGCUUGCACCCAUUUUAUGGAAACGUGUUUUCUCUAUUGACCUGGAGUUGUGAUGUCCAAAGCCUUCCCCACUGACUGACAAACGGCGUCGUACCCUUUUGGAAUCGAGUUGAAGGCUGUGAGGACGGGGAGGAAGAUGAGACCUCCCAGCCCUCUGCUGAUCCUGCUGUACAUCACGCUGUCCAAGAGUGUAAAGGUGGUCUCCAAGAGAGGCUCAGUGGACGGCUGUACAGAUUGGUCAGUGGACUACCUGAAGUACCGGGUGCUGCAGGGUGAGCCGGUGCGGCUGAAGUGCGCUCUGUUCUAUGGUUACAUUCGGGCUAACUAUAGCCAGGCACAGAGUGUGGGCCUCAGCCUCAUGUGGUACCGCAGCUCUGGCCUGGGCCACAGCGACUUCGAGGAGCCUAUCUCUUUCGACGGCGUGCAUAUGAGCAAGGAGGAGGAUGCUAUCUGGUUCAGACCUGCAGACCUCCAGGACGUGGGCCUCUACUCCUGCGUGUUACGGAACUCCACGUACUGCAUGAAGGUGUCCAUGUCUCUGACUGUGGCGGAGAAUGACACAAACCUGUGCUACAACUCCAACAUGAGACGAACUGAGAAGGCUGAGCUCAGCAAGAGCAAAGACAUCCUCUGUGCUGACAUAGAUGACUAUCUUGAACCUGGCAAAGAACCAGACAUCACCUGGUUUAAGGAGUGUCGUCCAAAGCAAUGGCGUGCCAGUAUCAUCCAGAAGAGAGACAUUCUGUCUAUCCAGGAGGUAAAGGAAGAUGACAUUGGGAAUUACACCUGUGAAGUCCAGUUUGGUGGCUUUGUGGUCAGGAGGACGACUGAACUCACAGUCACUGCUCCUUUGACCGACAAGCCACCAAAGAUCCUGUUUCCCUCGGAAAACAAGAUUAGCAACAUGGAGCUGCAGCUAGGAAGUGCUUUGAACCUGACUUGCCGGGCGUUUUUCGGCUACAGUGGUGACGUCAGCCCACUCAUCUACUGGAUGAAGGGGGAGAAGUUCAUAGAGGACUUGGAUGAAGAGAGAAUCCAGGAAAGCGACAUCAAGAUUGUCAAGGAGCAUCUUGGGGAGCAGGAAGUGGCCAUUUCCUUGACUAUUGACUCCUUGGAGGAGGAGGACCUGGGAAAUUAUUCCUGUUAUGUGGAAAAUGGUAACGGCCGUCGCCAUGCUACCAUCCAGCUCUUCAGGCGGGAGCUCAUGUACACCGUAGAGCUGGCAGGAGGGCUGGGAGCGAUCUUGCUGCUACUCAUCUUCCUCAUCUCCCUCUACAAAUGCUACAAGAUAGAGCUGAUGCUUUUCUAUAGGAGGCAAUUUGGCAGCGAGGACGUGGAUGGAGAAAACAAAGAUUACGAUGCAUACCUGUCCUACACCAAAGUGGACCCUGACCAGUGGAGUCAGGAGACCAAGGAGGAGGAACGCUUUGCCCUAGAGAUCCUUCCUGAUGUCCUGGAGAAACAUUACGGCUACAAACUCUUCAUCCCAGAUCGAGACCUCAUUCCAACAGGAACCUACAUAGAGGACGUGGCACGUUGUGUGGACCAGAGCAAGCGCCUCAUUAUAGUUAUGACACCCAACUAUGUGGUGCGGCGAGGCUGGAGCAUCUUUGAGCUGGAGACACGGCUGCGCAACAUGCUGGUGACUGGUGAGAUCAAAGUCAUCCUGAUCGAGUGUGCCGAGUUGCGCGGCAUCAUGAACUACCAGGAGGUGGAGGCCCUCAAGCAUACCAUUAAAACCCUUACUGUCAUCAAGUGGCGCGGCCCCAAGAGCAACAAGCUCAACUCCAAGUUCUGGAAGCAGCUGCAGUACGAGAUGCCGUUCAGGCGCACAGAGCCCAUGCUCACCCACGAGCCGGCGCUGGACGUCAGCGAGCAGGGCCCCUUCGGAGAGCUGCAGACCGUCUCUGCCAUCUCCAUGGCAGCAGCCACCUCCACCGCCAUGGCGACCGCCCACCCCGAGCUGCGUUCCUCUUUCCACAACACCUACCACACCACCAUGAGGCAGAAACACUACUACCGCAGCUACGAGUAUGACUUACCCCCAGGAGGGACCCUGCCACCUCUCUCCUCUCUGGGGAACCAGCACACCUACUGCAACAUCCCACUGACACUGCUGAACGGACAGAGGCCUCCUGGGAAGAGCCGAGAGCACAGCCUGGAGGAAGCACACGCUAACAACGCCAUGCUCCCUCUGCUGCCAAGAGAAACCAGCAUCUCCAGCGUCAUCUGGUAAUGAAGAACAUGCUCAGCAUCGGCUGCAGGAAGAUCAGAGCCAGACAUGGCUGGGCUCCGUCUGGUAGCUCUUAGGAACACAGUUUAUGGCCGUGAGUACGGCGAAAAAUGUUUUGGAUCUAUUUGGUUCCAACCGUUGUUAACUGGCAGCAAGUGAUGGAGAUACAGCAGGAUUUUGGACACAGUUUCCUUUGUUUUUUUCAAGUGGACAGCACCUCUGUUAGAGAGGAUGUUUUCUAUGUGGAACUACAGGAGAUAUAAUGAAAACACUGUUUCAUCUACUAGCGAGAUACGGACUUGCAAGAACUCCACAUUAAAGAACCAACACUCUA